AUGAUAGCAGCCUUUCCCAUGAAGGGAAACUUCCGAUGGCCACGCCGGUGGACUUUUGUACGGCUACCGGCCGUGGCCCAAAAGUGCAGAAGGGCUGAGCUUCCUCGGAUGAAGUUUCCCGCACUCCCCGGCCGCAAACUGGCCUUUGGGGGGAUGACCAUGAAGAGAAAUUUGAAGGAAAACCUGUUCGAAAAGAGGGUGCCUGGGAGCCUUUGCAACCAUCAGGCAGGCCUCCGGGGCUCCAGAGAGAGGAGCCCGGAAGGCCUGUUUUUGGGUGAGGAACUUUCAGGCACGGCUCUUGAACAUCAGUUCGUUUUUGAACGGCCCGUUCCUUGCAGUAGACAAGGGUCGAACUGA